UUACAUAUUAUAGUCUUUAUAUUUAGAUUUCAGUUACUACAAUACAACAUACAUUUUAAAAGCUAGGAAUUCCACUGUAAAAUUCUGAGAUUCAAUAAUAUUCUACUUAAAGAGAUCUAAUGUAAAAUGAACUUUUAUAUAUUAUUAUAAGAUAAAAAAUUACACCGGGAUAGCAUGUGAUGUGCUUUAUAUUCAAUAUAUUGGUAGAGUAAAAAUAAUCAUGGUACGCAAGUGUUUUCUACGCUGUUUAUUAGACUCGCAUGCGCCCAUAGCUUUAACCCAUAAAGUGGAGAUAACAAUAGGUCGCAGCAAACUUACUAAGAUCAAAGAGCAGCUGUGCUCUCGUCAUCAACUAAGUUUGACAGCUGAUUGUGAAGAGUGUUUUGUGGAAGUAAAGCAGCUGGGUAUAAAUCCAUCAGGUUUGGAUGGUUUUGCCUUGAAAAAAGAUGUUACCUAUAAAAUAACACAUGGAAGCAAAAUAGAGAUAUUAUUAAACCAAUUUUUUCACAUCAUAGAAUUUGAGCCACCUCCAGAUGGGUAUGAUCCACCUAGAACUAGUCUAAAAAGAAAGCUUAGUGACACUCCUGAACCUAAUUUAAAGCUUAUAAAAACAGAUACUAUGGACAUAAAAGAAUGCUCGGAAAGCAAAUGGGAAGACAUUGACAAAGGAGAAGUUUAUAUAUAUACAGCAAAGGGUGUAAAGUCGAGUAAAAAUAUUGCAGCAUUUGACAUGGAUGGUACUUUAAUAAAAACAAAGUCAGGUAAAGUCCAUCCUGUGGACACAAAUGAUUGGCAGAUUCUGUUCCCCUGUAUUCCGCAAAAAGUGGCUGAAAAACAUAGUGAGGGUUAUAAAAUAGUUCUUUUGAGUAAUCAGUCACCUAUUGGCAGUGGCAGAGUGAAAAUAGAGGAUUUUAAAAAGAAAAUUGAAGCUGUUGUAUCUAAACUAAACAUACCUGCUCAAGUUUAUAUGGCAACUGGAAAGGGAUUCUAUAGAAAACCAGCCACUGGUAUGUGGAAUGUACUUGCUGAGAUGAAAAACAAUGAUAUACCUAUAGACAUGAAAGAGAGUUUUUAUGUUGGUGAUGCAGCAGGAAGAGCUGCUAACUGGGCACCAGGGAAGAAAAAAGACCACUCAAUGGCUGAUAUUUUACUUGCAAAGAAUCUUAAUCUUAAAUUUUACACACCAGAACAGUUCUUCUUAGGUCAUUCCAUUGCAAAUGUGCCCAUGAUUCAACCAGAAUUUAUACCAAAAGAUGUCAAGGCUGCGCCAUUUAAUGACAGAUUAUUAAGCUCUGAGCAAGAGAUUCUAGUGAUGGUAGGAUAUCCUGCAAGUGGUAAAUCAUUUAUUGCCAAGCAAAUACAGCAGAAAUCUAGUAACAAAUAUGCAAUAGUUUGUCGAGACGAGCUUGGUUCAUGGCAAAAAUGUUCUGCAGAAGCUUCUAAGUUAUUGCAGCAGGGAAAAAGUGUGAUUGUCGAUAGUACAAACCCAGAUCUAGAGUCUCGUAGUCGUUGGACAUCUUUAGCCAAAGGCAAGAAGGUGCAGUGUCGAUGCGCCAAAAUGGCGACGACUAAAGCACACGCACAACAUAAUAACAAAUUUAGGGAAAUUAUGAAGUUUAAGCAUGGAAUAGUUAACGAUAUCGUGUUUAAUACAUACAAGUCCAAGUUUGUUGAACCAAAGGCUACUGAAGGCUUCAAAGAAGUAUUAGUCGUUAAUUUUAAUCCGUGUUUCGAAGACGAACAAGCAGAAAAACUCUACAGAAUGUUUUUAUUAGAAAAGUAAUAGGAAAUAAAAUUUUCUUUCUACAUAAAUCUUUUAU